AUGUGUCAACUCUGCGCCCUCGCGACCAUCGCCGACCGCGAUCGAUGGCCUAAACCGCUCGAACCGCUAAUCGCAGACUUGAAACUCCUCCUCACCACCGCACACAAAGAGGCCACGAACCUGCACGUCCGCCAAACACUCCCGAGCAAACCAUCUGCGCCGACCGCCUCGCUCAGCACACCCUCACCGCCCCCACCAAGCGCAUCACCCGCCAAAUCUGCCCCCUCGCCCCGCUCAACGGUCUCCACUCCUCAAGAAUCACCCGCUCGGGGAGCAGCACUCGACGCAGCACGCAAUUCCCUCGGCGCGACCCUCACGACCGUCUUGACGCAGCUGACGCUCAUCGACAAGCAGAGAGAAGAGUGGUGGGCCGCGAAGAAGGCAACGCGGAGGAGAUGGGCGGAGGAAGGGGCGCAGCGGAAGCUGACGGCGCUGCAGGUCGUCAACUUGAAGGCGGCGGAUAUGAUUGGGGAUAUGAGGGCCAAGGUCGGGGUGUUCUGUCGGUGGAACUUGGGGGUUGAUUCGGAG